AUCGAGCAGUAAAAGAGGGAAUAUUGGUACGAGGAUAUAUUUCGUGUGUGCUUGGCUGUCCUUAUGAAGGGUAUGUCGAACCAGAGAUGGUAGCAAGAACAGCAGAAAAAAUGUACAAGAUGGGAUGUUAUGAAAUUUCAUUAGGCGAUACAAUUGGUGUCGGUACUCCGGGAACGACGGAAAAAAUGAUCAAGUCUGUUGCUAAGGUUGUCCCAAUUGAUAAAUUGGCAAUGCAUUGUCAUGACACAUAUGGUCAAGCACUAGCCAAUAUUGUUUGUGCUUUGAAAUUUGGUGUAAGAGUUUUCGAUAGUUCGGUUGCUGGUUUAGGUGGAUGUCCUUUCGCUAAAGGGGCAACAGGAAAUGUGGCCACUGAAGAUCUUGUAUACAUGCUACAUGGCAUGGGCUUCGAAACAGGAGUAAAUCUAAGAGAAUUGGUUCAAUUGGGAAAUUAUAUUUCCGAAAAACUGGAUCGAAAAAAUGCGUCGAAAGCUGCGAUAGCAUUAUCUACAACGGCCGGAUUUUAA